AUGGCCUCGGUCGAGUCUUCCUCCUCGCCUACGGAUGGUGGCUCUAAAGACGUAGUCGAUAUCGAAAAGCAGCCAAACAAUACUUCCUCUGAUACCGAGGUUCGACAUGGCAGCGUUACUCCGGCCUACGAAAUUGCAAGGGCCAGAGAAAUCCAAAACUCCAUCGCACCGCUUCGUUGGCUGAGCAAAGGCGAGCUAUGGCUGGAUGAAAAGAUGGGCGUUGAAACCCAAGGUAUCGACCGCAUUCCCGAGGAUCAGAAACACCCGCCUUCUAUCAUCAAUGCCUUUUUCAUGUGGUGGUCCAUGACCUGCCACGUCGGAACCCUCCCUAUCGGCGUGCUCGGUCCUGAAUUUGGCUUGACACUCGGCCAAUCCGUCGCCGCAAUCGUCGUGGGAACCCUGUUGGGCGCAAUUUGCCCGGCGUAUACUGGUGUCCUCGGACCCAAAACAGGUCUUCGACAAAUCGCCAUCUCCCGAUACUCUUUCGGCUUCUGGGGUGCUAAGCUCUGCAGCGUUCUCAAUGUCGUCAUUGGUGGUGGCUUCGCCGUGGUCAAUGUGGUUAUUACGGGUCAAAUGCUGUCUGCAGUGAGCGACUACAAUAUGACCGUGGCCGUCGGUUGCGUUAUUGUUGCCGUCAUCUCAUACGUUGUCUCAGUCUUCGGCUUCUCCAUCAUUCAUACUUAUGAAAAGUACAGCUGGUUCGUAUGCUUCGUCCUGAUCUGUGUGCUGUAUGGGCAGACCGCGUCGCAUGUUGUCCCUUCAGCCCCAGGUUAUGGAACGAAUCUUGAGGUGGCGGGGUCCUGGCUGAGCUUCAUGGCCAUUUGUUUCUCCAGUUCAUCUGGCUGGUGCUCCAUGGCUGCUGACUAUUAUUGCAACUACCCGGCCAACACCAAGAGCUGGAAGAUCUUUGGCCUCACUCUCUGGGGUGUGACCAUUCCCACCGUCUUUGUCACCGUCGCAGGUGCUUGUCUGGGUAAUGCUGCCCUGUUGGCAGCUUAUCCCCCAUACGCCGCGGCAUAUGAAGACCACGGCCUCGGCGGUCUCUUGCUCGAAUCAUAUCAUCCUUCCGGAUGGAGCAAAUUCUGUCUGGUGCUCCUGACAUUCAGUGUUCUCGGCAACAAUAUCGCAAUCAACUAUUCCUCGGGACUGUCAAUGCAGCUUCUCGGCCAUUACUUCCACGCUGUUCCCCGAUUCAUCUGGUCCUUCUUGGUCGCUUUGGUUGUUGCCGUUCUCGCCAUUGCUGGCAAAGAUCACCUUUCUUCAAUCGUCUCCGACUUUGUGUCUUUGCUGGGGUAUUGGACCAUAUCUUUCACCCUUAUCCUCCUCAUCGAGGAUCAAUACUUCCGUAAACGAUCAGGCGAAGGUUAUAAUUUGGAGGCGUGGGACCAGCCAUCGAAGCUACCUCUUGGUAUUGCUGCUGUCCUUGCAUUGCUGUCUGGUUACCUCGCCGGCGGCGUUACUGGCAUGGCUCAGGUUUGGUAUGUCGGUCCUAUUGCUCGUUACUUUGGGCCAUAUGGUGGCGACGUCGGUAUCUAUCUAUCCGGUGCCAUUACGCUUGUUGUGUAUCCUCCAUGUAGAUGGUAUGAGAGAAAGAAGACUGGCAGGUAG